GUGGAAUAAUGGCUAGAGGGAUGAUAGAGACGAUGUCUGAUCACAACAUUGAUACCUUUAUCAGCUUGUCAUCUCCACAAAUGGGACAGUAUGGAGAUUCAUCUUACCUCAAGCCUUUCAUCCCCAAUGUUGCUGUGAAAGAUGCAUACAAAUUUCUCUAUUCUUUUUUCUUUCAACACCUGUUUUCCAUCGCAAAUUACUGGAAUGAUCCAUACCAUGAAGAGUUAAACCUAAGUGAAAAUAUCUUUCUUCCUUACAUCAACAAUAACCAAUCAUCUYRUUAUUAUAAUAAAACAGCUUAUGAAACUCAGAAGAAAAACUUCUUAAAGUUGAAAAACUUGAUUCUGAUUGGUGGGCCAGAUGAUGGAGUCAUCACACCCUGGGAAUCAAGUCAAUUUGGAUAUUAUGGCUCCAAUAAUUCAUACAUAAAGUCUAUGAAAGAACAAGAGAUUUAUAUCCAAGACAGCUUUGGUCUUCGUACUUUGGAUCUUAAUGGAGGGGUUCAUACUUAUACGUUUAGUAGGAUUGAACACAUCCAUUGGCAUGGCAACAAGGAAGUGUUUGACAAAGCUAUUGAGCCAUGGCUGACAUAGUUUCCAUGGUGACAUAAAAACUUACAUUUCUUUAACAAAAUUUUAUUAUCUAGAUGAGAAUUUUUUAUGAACAUUUAAUGCAUUUUUUACAAAAGUAAUUAUCCAGACAAAAAGGUUUUUGUGGACAUUAAUUUAAUUUUAUUUGAAGAUUGAGAUUCUUCAUAUCCAAAACUAUAUCAACAGAUCAAAUGUAUUUUCUCAAACAUUUACCAGUAUACAGACAUAAUACUCAAGGGAAUGACUCAUGAUAUGAAAUGAGAAACCACUGCGCCUAAACUAAAGAGGUCUAUUUGCACAUAUUUAUUUAAUUUUCCAGUUGAAAACAAAACAGUUUAUUUUGAUAUACUAAAAAAAAAAUUAUAUACGAAAAAUGACAAAUCUUUUAACUUUUGAGAAAUUGUUUUAUUUUGUAUGAAGAUGAAAACUUUGAAUACUCUACUGUACAUUGUUAUAAUUCUUAAACUUGUUAUAAGAAUUUUUUAAAUUAAACUAAGAACUUAGAUAUAGACAUUACCUUGGUAUGAUUAAAAAUGGCACAAAGACAUGAUACAGGCAAAAUUAGUCUUAAGUCUAAUUAACUUCAUCACAUUUUAUACAGUCAUAAAAAGUGGCAAAAUUAAAUUUGACAGAUAUUGUAGUAA